AUGAUCUCUGCUGGUUGUUUUCACAUCGAGGAUAUCAUCAAAGCACAGAAAGAGAAACGAAUGUCAGCCGAUGCGGGUCGUCGUCAAUCAUGGGUUGGCAGGAGGAUGUCCGUUCAAAGUCAGAAUUCAUUUCAAGGACCUCUUCAUUGUUCACGAGAUCUGGAACGAAUAGCUGUCAUUUCACCGGCGAAAGAUGAGACGGUGAAAGUGAAUGAUAUCACUCAAUGUGCACUCCUUUGUGAAAAAUAUCACGUUGAGACUAAUCACAAGGAAUAUUUCGUUAAACCCUACAUUGAGGUGAAACGUCUCUAUCCGGAUGCCCUCUUUGAAUUCUACGAGAAGCACUUCGGACAAAAAUUGGUGAAAGGGAAAAUU